AUGAAUUCCGGUGAAAUUGCCCGGAUCAUUCAAGAAGGAAUUACAGCUGGCCUGCAACGUAAUGCUCGGGGGCCAACAGGUUUCACCCCCAACACUCCAUUCACGCCAGAGAUAUUGACAUAUCCCUUGCCCGACAAAUUCAAAUAUCCUCGCAUUAAAGAGUAUGAUGGGACGACCGACCCCAUCAACCAUCUCAAUUUAUACACUGAUAUCAUGAACUUGCAAGUUGCGCCGGAUCAGCCCAACUCCAUAGCCUCAUUCUCAGAUUUGGCUGAUAAGUUCUCAGCCUUCUUUGCAAGUAGUAAGCGAAUCAGGAAGAUCGCGGCCUCUCUAAUGCAAUUUCUCCAGGGACCAACCGAAAUCCUACGAGGAUUUAUGACAAGAUUUAACAAGGAAAGAAUUCAAAUACCCGACCUCCAUAUCACAGCAGCUGUCUCCGCCCUCACUUACAUCGUAAGAUGUGAAGAUUUCAAGAUGUCUUUAUCAAAGACCCUGCCGCAGACAGUGACCAAGCUCCUCACCCGAGCUAAAAAAUACAUUAAUAUGGAGGAAACACUAAAUCCAAGGAGACCUGUUCCUUCCCAUGAAAAGAUCGAGAACAAGAGGCAACAUGAUCCCGUCCCCCGACAUGAGGUUCCCUGGGAUAAGCGCAGGAACAUGGCGCCAUCAGCACCUCUCACUCGGUUGAACACCUCUAAGACAAACAUUUUGAUGGAGGUUAAGGAUAUGAAAGAAUUAAAGUUGCCUUCAAGGAUGAAGUCGCCCCCUGACACAAGAGAUAGGAGCAAGUAUUGCGAAUUUCACCGGGAUCAUGGACAUACUACAGAAGAUUGUCAUGCUGUACAGCGAGAAAUUGAAGCCCUUAUCAAAAGAGGAUUUUUAAAUAAUUACAUUGGUCAUGAUAAACAGCCAAGGAAUGACCGUGACAAUCGGAAAGAGCCUGGGGCUGGAAGCAAGGCUCAACCCACUGCUGAAACCAUUAAUAUUAUUGUUGGGGGCAUAGCAUCCAGCGGAGACACAAGUAGUGGGCGAAAGCAAUAUGCUCGCCAACAUGCUCAUACCCCAAGAGAAUCUAGUGAUGAAGUUAAAGAUAUCACUUUUGGUGCAAGAGAUUUGGAAGGAAUAUCAUAUCUUCAUGACGAUGCCUUGGUCGUUUCUGCGGUUGUGGCUAACUUCGAAAUAAGGAGGAUUCUUGUUGAUAAUGGGAGUGCCGCUAACAAACUGUCGCAAGAGGCUUUCACCAAAAUGGGAAUCUCUCCCAAAUAG